CUCUGUAGUUAUAUAUAUAUGUCUUGCUAUACUUUAUUGGUUGACUUAUUCGAAAUUUAAACAAUGUACCAUUUAGGUAGCUUAAUUGUAAUCCGAAGAAGAUUUAAUUUCACUACUAAUAUUAAUCUAAAAUGCCCGACGUAGAACGGCUUCAAUUUCAAUCAUUUCAUUGAUCCGAAUAAAGCUUAAUUAAAAUUUCAAGAAUUUCUUUAUCGUUUCAAUUCAAAUAAUUUAAUCAGUCUAAACAAGGCUCGAUUUCACAAUAAAAUUCCAUUUUUAUCCCAAUCGUUAUUAACGCAAACGUGUUUGCGAUUAAUUUAUUAGCACUGCAAAUGUUAUUUUACGUUACGUUGGAAUUGACAUUGAAACGACGAGGCUAUAUGGAUGUACAACCAGGCGUCAACAAGUCCAACAAGAAACAUCGCAACGUCUCAAAUAAAUCCACCUCACCUACAAUACCAUCGAACCACCUUCCAAACACAAAAAAUCCAUCAAACAGUUCACAUGUGAGGUCAGAUCUCUCCUACGCUUGAAACAUGACAAUUUCAUCUCCGUACAUUCGCGUUGCAUCAUAGGAUUUCGGAUCAAGAACGAAACGAAGUUGUCUUGUUCCCUGUCGGAGAAAUCCACGAUGAAGAAGCGAUCAUCCGGCGCGGUUGAGCGUGCGUGACCACGAAGAAACCACGAAGAUACGACGCCGGCCAAAGGUUCCGCCGAUCGACGAUUAUCCAUCGCCAGUCGUUCCAGUGAAUCGUCUGCAUAGACUUCGUUCGCGCGCACCACGCGACACAUUUAUCGUCGUUUUAACCAGCGAAAUCGGCCUGCUACGGAAUCGCCUGGUGGCGUGAAAAAAGACAAAGGAAGUUCCUCCAGAGGAACCGGACCGGUGUCCGGCGUUCGAUCGACGCCAUCGUUCGACCAGAUCGAAUUUAAUCAUGGAGGAUGAAAGCAGUACGGCCAGUCACCCAAAGAAAAUACAGGAUGGAUAGAAUCGCUGAUUAUCGCGACGGUACAGACUUCCGUGGGUCAGAAAUUGUUCAAACUCAUAGACUCGUUUCUAUGGGUCAUCGAAAAGACCGCACAAUGGAGCUUACCGAGUCAGGAGAUCGCGAUAGGUACAGGAGAGUGGUAAGAUAUUUGGGAAGUUAGAACUCGUGAGACCUCUGCCGUGGCUUCUCUUCCUGCCGGGAUUAGUGAUCCUCCGAAUGAUCAGAAUUGGGCUCAACAUGGGUGCUUAUGUUCUGGGAUAUCCAGAAAUACAAGCGAGUGGAAUGGUGAAAUUCGUGCAAAGGACUCGCAGGCGGUUAAGAGCGAUGAAUCUCAGGGCAAUGAAAUCCAAGCGCAGAGUGUUCCCGAAGGACAGGACGAUGAUCGAAGCCAAGAAGGCCUUAAUCAGAUCUAUCAGAUUGACUCUGUCGACUUUAUCUUGUCUGGACACGUCUAAGUCGUCACAUUCGCCGCCACCGACGAAAAUUCGCAUAAGUCACAUGGAUCUCGAACCAGGCCGACGAACAUCAGACUCUUUCGACAGUCCGACACACCACGACUCAAAGCGUAAAUAUUCUGAACUCAGUUCGGAUGAUGAGAGUAUCGACGAGUCAACAAACGCGAAACUUGACAGGCUGGCAGACUUCGGGAGCACGGAUGAUACCACUUUCAAUCGAAAGAGGACAUUUUCUGGCUUGACGUUUGGUCGGACAUGUUUGGUGAAUUUUCAGCCUGUCGAUUAUACCACAAGCAGCACGGAGAGCAGCGAAAACGGGGAGGAAGAUGUGUCUCUAGCAGAAUUGAAGAAACUUCGGCGGGAGGCUAGAGCAUUGAUCGAGAGCAGAGAGAAGAUCGAAGAUGAGAAACUGAAUCGGCCAGUGUACACUAUUAGAAAUGUGUUGCAGGGUUCGAGUUCGAAGAACGUCGAGAAGGCGAAGAAAAACAUGGAACAGGAAGUGGACAGUUCGGAACCACAAGAAACAUCCUAUUCGGUAGAUGAAGAUUCCAUCAAUGGCCAAAUAAAUUCCACGGAUGAAACGGACAAAGAUUCGACACUAGAGGGAGAGUGGAAAAUACCAACAAUUGUAGUAAAAAUUGUGCCAAAACCCAAGGCAGGAGAAGUUAAAACAGAAGUAACACCAGAAGUUAACUCAGGAAUGACACCAGAAGUAACACCAGAAAUUACAUCAGAAAUUACACCAGAAAUAACAUCAAAAGUUACACCAGAAGUUAUACUAGAAGAGACAUCAGAAGUUGAAUCAGAAGUAACACCAGAAGUUACACCAGAAGCGACAUCAAAAGUUACACCAGAAGUUACACCAGAAGCGACAUCAGAAGUUACACCAGAAGUUACACCAGAAGCGACAUCAGAAGUUGAAUCAGAAGUAAUACCAGAAGUUAACUCAGGAAUGACACCAGAAGUUACACCAGAAGUGACAUCAAAAGUUACACCAAAAGUGACAUCAGAAGUUACACCAGAAGUGACAUCAAAAAUUACACCAGAAGUGACAUCAGAAAUUACACCAGAAGUUGAAUCAGAAGUAACACCAAAAGUUACACCAGAAGUGACAUCAGAAGUUACACCAGAAGUGACAUCAGAAAUUACACCAGAAGUUGAAUCAGAAGUAACACUAAAAAUUACACCAGAAGUGACAUCAGAAGUUACACCAGAAGUUAAAUCAGAAGUUACACCAAAAGUGACAUCAGAAGUUACACCAGAAGUGACAUCAGAAGUUACGCCAGAAGUGACAUCAGAAGUUACACCAGAAGUGACAUUAGAAGUUACACCAGAAGUGAUAUUAGAAGUUACACCAGAAGUAAUGACUGAAGCAGUCAUCGAAAAACAGGCUCCACAGUCAAUUCCUGGCACAUCAUCAGAAGCUUGCACAUCAACAGAAACUGCUGCGCGUACAAGAGUAAACUCUGCAAAUUUUCCAGAAAAGAAGAAUAACAAAAAGAAAUAUGGACGUUACAGAGACAGCAAGUAAGCCUUAUUAGUUUGGAAACUCAGCCUAGAUGGAAGCACUGUUCUCUCGUUCAACGUUCCUUCAAAACAGGAACAGUAGAAAAAGAAAACUGAAAGGAAGAAUCCUCAUUACAUCUUAAAUUCUACGAUUCUUUUUUUUUUUUUUGAUUUCCUUAUUUCUUUCUUUUUUUUUCAGCGAUCACAUUAUUGAUAAAAACGAAUUCUUGGUUGCUUAAAUCUAAAUAUUUAGAUUAGUUUUUGAAAUUUCAACAACCUAUCCAGUUGUACAAUAUUUAAGAAUUUGCAUUUGCUAAUAUUUGCUAGUAGAAAUUUUUUUACUCAACUUUAGUGCUUGAAAUUUCAGCGAUUCAAAUUUAUCAAAUUGAUAAUUAGAGGGAUUAAUUAGGGGAACUGACGAUUAGAGAAAAUUAUUUCGAGUGCUACCGAUAUUAACGAAAUUUCAAUAAUUCUAACUUGUCAAUUGAAUAAUUCAAGAUUAAUAAUUAUUUGUAAAAGAUAAUUACUUAUACGUAAGUACUGAAUGAACGUCAAACCAGUAUUCAAAAUUUCAACAACUCUAAUUCGUCAAGUUAACAAUUGAUUCUGCAUAAUUAUCGUGAGUGUUGUCAAAAUUAAAAAAAUUUCAGCAAUUCUAUUUUAUCAAUUUAAUCAUUUGAUUACUAUUCGAAAUUUCUCUGCCCUGCUAUAAAAAGAAACUUAAAGUGAAAGAUAUCCCGAUUCUUUUAAACGUUGAAUUCCCUGAACAAAAGGAAACUUGUCUCAUUUUCUUUUAUAGAAAUUAACUCGAGAAUUCUUACCUUGUUUAAUCUAUUCUGAGCUGCGUAACUUUAAAAAAUUCCUGCUUUUUUAGUUUUUUUAAAAAUGAAAAUAUCGUUAGGAAACAGAGUGAUGGCUACGAAGGCUUCGAGACGAUCGAGUAUCGCGACAAACGAUAAAAAAAGAAAAUUCUGGCAGAUAAUAGGAGAUAAUGGUCGAGCGAUUCUGGCCACAUUGAGCAAAAAGUGUCUGAACUAUUCGCUUUGCAGAUAAUUCCUGUAACCAUUUAUCGCGAUUGUAAUUUUCCAUUUACGAUAAGCUAUAAAAAUGAAAUCGAAAGGGAAAACGGUCAAAUAUUACCAUCUUUUAACAAAGUAAUUUUGAAACUUACUUUUGUAAAAUAAACAAAAACUAUAUUAAAAGGCGGUGAUAUUUUUAAACACGACAGGAUUAUUUUUGAAAGAAAGAAAUUUGCAAGUACACAAAAAUAUAAAAAUAGUUGGUAAUUCACGAAACAUCAAAGAUUACUCUUGAAACGAAGAAAAGAAAAGUUAUCGAAUGAUGAUUGUUAGAAACGAAAUUCCGGUUUUCAGAGCGUGAAAUGUAAACGGAGUGUGUAGAAUAUUCCGUAGCCCCUGAAGUUUCGAAAAUCGAUGUCUAUUAAAUCUGAAAAAUUCAGAAAUUAAAGACAGAAAUUAUCGAGGAACUAUUAAAAUUGAGAGAGACAAAAAUGAUGAUUAAUGAUAAAUAUGUCGAAGAAAUUCAGCUUCGAGGAUUGUUCUGUGUUUGUUCGAUUUUAAAAUUCAAAUAAAAAUACUAUGGAUCCUCAAGCAAUAUCACCUUUUAAAUUUUACAGUAUAUUUAAGAAUUCUGCGGUAAUUUGUAAUACUUGUACGAGCGAUUUAAAAUUAUUCAUAAAAACUUUCGUAAAUAAUUAAUUUAAAAAAAAGUGUAAAAUUAUUGCGAAGAAAUUAUAGAGAGAUAUUUUGUACUUUUUGGAGAAAUAUUUUUAUAUUUUUCGAGC